CCCAAGACCACAUACCCAGUGAGAACAUGGGGGUAUGAAGGUCAACAGCUGCCAUGCAUGAUGGGUUAAAGCUUUCAAUCCUUAGAGCAAAAACACCAGUGUCAAUCGAGCCCAUCGGAACCCACUAAGCCACCCUGAACCAUGUCAAGGACCUCUGGAGGAGACAAACUACUUAAUGAACUUGGCUACAAGUUGGGCCAGACCCUAGGUGAGGGCAGUUACUCCAAGGUGAGGGUGGCCACCUCAACCAAGUACAAGGGCCCACUAGCCAUCAAGGUGGUUGAUCGGCGUCGGGCACCCCCAGACUUUGUACACAAGUUUCUCCCCCGGGAGCUCUCCAUCCUGCGAGUGAUUCGGCAUCCCAAUAUCGUGCGAGUUUUUGAGUUCAUUGAAGUCUGCAAUGGGAAACUGUACAUUGUGAUGGAAGCAGCAUCCACUGACCUGCUCCAGCUGGUGCAGCGGCUGGGGAAACUACCCUGUGCUCCUGAAGCCCGGGACAUCUUUGGACAAAUUGUGAGUGCUGUGCGCUACCUACAUGACCGCAAUCUGGUGCAUCGGGAUCUCAAGUGCGAGAAUGUGCUGCUUACCUCUGAUGGCCGCCGGGCAAAGCUCACUGACUUUGGCUUCGGUAAGGAGGCGCAUGGCUACCCUGACCUGAGCAGCACUUACUGUGGAUCAGCUGCCUAUGCCUCGCCUGAGGUGCUCCUGGGUAUCCCCUAUGAUGCCAAGAAGUAUGAUGUGUGGAGCCUGGGUGUGGUUCUGUAUGUGAUGGUAACUGGCUGCAUGCCCUUUGAUGACACCCACAUUCAUAGCAUGCCCCGGCGCCAAAAAAAGGGGGUCCUGUACCCAGAUGGUCUGCCCCCCUUGCCUGAAGCCUGCAAAGCUCUCAUUGCCCAGCUGCUCCAGUUCAGUCCAGCCUCCCGGCCUGGGUUGGGACAGGUAGCCAAGAACAGCUGGCUGAAAGGGGACAUCUAAAAAGAGAAAUGUUCCCUCACUACAUUCCAGCCCUAGGACCAUGUUCAGGGUCAGUUCAAGGCACUGAACUUGUGCUGCUGCUGUGAGGGAAGAAAGCUCAUGAAAGGGAUAUUUGACAAUGUGGAAAUGGAGAUGGAACUAGGGCCAUGUAGAGGUGCAACCGCCACAUGACAUUAAUAGCAGGAUUUCAAGUCACAAUGAGACCAUAUGGUGCUUAGAGGAAACUGUUAACGAAGCAACCAUCUUAUGAAGCUGUUACAGGUUAAGUUUCAAAGGGCAGUGACCAUGUUGAGCAAGUGACAAGAAUGAAGAAAGUGGCUACUCAAAGAAAUACUGACUGCAUAGAAUACAAGACUAUCACCAGUUUAGCAGCGGAAGCAGGGAGGGGAGGGCACCCCUGCAGGCAACUGCGGGAUUUUGCUGCAGAGUCUGAUGUUGCCAGUCUGGGGUGAAGUGGUGGGAUAGAUGGCAGCAGACAACUUUGCGGACAAUAAUAAACUCUGAAGCUCCCAUGUAGCCGCCUUUUUGUGGUGCUCCCUGUUUCUUUUCUUCCAAGCCUCUGAAUGAGUUACCCUGUAGCCUUUA